CGGCAUCCGAUCUUGUAACUCCCAGGAACCCAGUAUACUCAAGCGCCAACGCUCAUAGCAAUAAGCCCUGGGCAUGUGAUAUAAUCUGCUACUGAUUGAAGGCGUAGACAUGUUGUCAGACAGCUAUUUUGCAAAUUAGCAAGAUCGUCGACUAACUUCAUCUACUCGUGGUCGUGAUUCAGGGUCAUUCCGGCUACGAUGCGACGAUCUCAUGCCUCCCCAUGUGCUCCUCAGCGCAAACAUGCAAAUCGUGGGCGUUACAGACUGGGAAUUCUCCUACGCAGCACCGGCAGAGUUCUCGGCUGCAUCGCAAUCUGGCUACUUCUCGAACAACCAGAGUAUUGGCCAGAUGGAGAUUGAGCGGUUCUUCGGGCCUGCUGAGUCGCCUGAAGUGUCAUGGAAAAUGACAGUCAAAUUGGUUUAUGAGAAGCAGAAGAAGUAA